AUGGCUCAAGCAUUCAACAAGAGCAAGAAAGUUCAGGCAUUCGUCGACGAGUUCGUCGCCCUUUGCAAGCCAAAGAAUGUUAUGUGGAUUGAUGGUUCCCAGGAACAAGCUGAUAUGCUUUUCAAGCAAAUGGUUGAUUCCAAGAUGGCAAUCAAGCUUAACCAAGAGAAGCGCCCAGGCUGCUACCUUUACCACUCCGACCCACGCGAUGUCGCUCGUGUUGAGUCCCGCACAUUCAUCUGCUCCAAGAACAAAGAAGAUGCAGGACCAACAAACCACUGGGAAGAUCCAGAAGUCAUGAAGAAGAAGCUCCGUGGUCUCUACAACGGCUGCAUGGAAGGCCGUACAAUGUACGUCAUCCCAUUCUCAAUGGGCCCAAUCGGAUCCUCCAUCGGUAAGAACGGUGUCGAGAUUUCCGACUCUCCAUACGUCGUUGUCUCAAUGAGAAUCAUGACACGUGUUUCCACAAAGGUUCUCGAAUGCAUCGGUGAGAACGGCGACUUCAUCCCAUGCGUCCACUCCGUUGGUUAUCCACUUAAGGAUGGCCGCCAGGAUGUUGCAUGGCCAUGCGACCCAGAGAACACAUACAUCACACACUACCCAGAGGAACAGGCUAUCUGGUCCUAUGGCUCUGGCUAUGGUGGCAACGCUCUUCUCGGCAAGAAGUGCUUCGCUCUCCGUAUUGGCUCCAACCUCGCCCGCAAGGAAGGCUGGCUCGCUGAGCACAUGCUUAUUCUUGGUGUCAAGAACCCAGAAGGCAAGAAGACAUUCGUCACAGCUGCAUUCCCAUCAGCUUGCGGCAAGACAAACUUCGCCAUGUUGAUCCCACCAGAGGAACUCCGCAAGAAGGGCUGGGAAGUCACAACAGUUGGUGAUGAUAUCGCUUGGAUCAAGCCAAACAAGGAUGGUGAACUCCGCGCCAUCAACCCAGAAAACGGUUUCUUCGGUGUUGCCCCAGGUACAGCUAUGACAACAAAUCCAAACGCUCUUCUCUCCUGCGCUCGUAACACAAUCUUCACAAACGUCGCUCUUACAGAUGAUGGCGAUGUCUGGUGGGAGGGCAUGACAGAGAAGGCCCCAGCUCACCUUAUCGACUGGCAGAACAAGGACUGGACACCAGAUUGCGGCCGUGUCUCAUCACAUCCAAACUCCCGCUUCGCUGCUCCAGCUGCUAACUGCCCAUGCAUUGAUCCAGAUUGGGAGAACCCAGCCGGUGUUCCAGUCUCCAUCUUCGUCUAUGGUGGCCGUCGUAUGAACGAUAUCCCACUCGUCUUCCAGGCUACAUCAUGGGCUCACGGUGUUUACCUUGGUGCUACAGUUGGUUCCGAACAGACAGCCGCUGCUGCCGAUGGUAAGCUCGGUGCUCUCCGCCGUGAUCCAUUCGCUAUGCUUCCAUUCUGCGGCUACCACAUGGGUGACUACUUCAAGCACUACCUUGAGAUGGCUAAGCUCGCCAAGACACCAAUUGUCUUCCACGUCAACUGGUUCCGCAAGUCCCCAGCAGGCAAGUUCCUUUGGCCAGGCUACGGUCAGAACGCUCGUGUUCUCGGCUGGAUGGUCAACAGACUCUACGGCAAGGCCCCAACACACAUUUCUCCACUCGGCUACGUCCCAGAGUACGAGGAUAUCGAUUGGGAUGGCCUCAACUUCACAAAGGAGCAGUUCCAGGAGCUCAUGCACCAGGAUAAGGAGAAGAUCAAGGCCCAGGUCGCUGCUAAUGAUGACUACCUCAAGAACACAAUCGGCCACGUUUCACAGGAACUCCUCGACGUUUCUCAGGAAAUCCUUAAGCGUUGCCAGUAA